CCGAUUUCUGAAAAGUUGUAGAAUUUUUAUUAUUAUAUAAAUUACGCUAUUCUUAACUUUUCCUGAUACAUGAAGGAACUUUAAUUGGACAGUAAUGAAAUCUAAUUUAUCAGUUGUAUAUUAAUUUUUGUGAAGCAAUAUUAAAAAUGGCUCAUUUGCAGUACAUGCCAGGAGAUCCUCGUUUGGUUGAUCAAUUAGUUUAUGAACUAAAAUCAAAAGGAAUUUUUGAUCAGUUUCGUAAAGACUGCAUCGCUGAUGUUGACACGCGACCUGCGUACCAGAAUCUCCGGCAGAGAGUGGAAAACUCGGUGUCGACAUUCCUAGCAAGACAAUGCUGGCAACCAGACCUAAAUAAAAAUCAACUGCGAGAAAAACUGAGGAAGCAUAUAUUGGAUGGCAAUUACUUAGAGCAGGGUGUAGAAAGGAUAGUUGAUCAAGUGGUAAACCCAAAAGUUGCGACUGUAUUUGUGCCCAAAGUAGAAGAUCUUGUGUACAACUACUUAGGCAUUACAAGAAAGAAAACUACAGUUGCAGAAACUUCUAAUGGAAAUAUUGAUUUAUUGCCAACUGACUUAGAAGCAGUCAGUCCAGGAUCAGUUAAAAGUAAUGAAGAUAAAAAUGAGAAAAUGGAAAUUGAUGAAUCUUCUGAAGCCACGAAGAUGGAAAUCGAUGAACAAGCAGAUAAAGUAAAAGAAGAAAGUAAUGUACUAACAGAAAAUAAUGAAAAAGAAACAACUGAAGAAACAGACACUACUGGUGCUAAUGAAGUCACAGUACAUGACUCUGAUGGUAGUGACGAUAAAGACAGCAUACCGCUUCCAGCUGAAGAGAUCAGACCAGAAGAUAUUCCCCCACCAGAAAAUAGUCCGCCUAAAGUAGAGUUGGAAAAAAUAGAAUUGCCUGAAGAUCCUGAUGUAGCCACCGAUAUACCGUUGCCAGAUGAAAUUAUUAAAGAAGAAAAUGAUAGUUUCUUCAAACCAAUUAAUACUGAAGAUGAUGACGAUUCUAGUUCGGAUUCGUCUUUACGUAGGAAUAUGUCGCCGUUGACACCAAUAAGAAAUUACAAUAAUGAAAAUUCUUGUGACGCUCAACAGGGCUUCGAAAAUGAAUUUGCGGAAACAAAAGAGGAAGACAUAAAAGAACCGAGUUCAUUUAGAUUUGCGAUUGAAGCGAAAUCGACGGAAAAUAGUUUGGACACUACUAAACCUGAUAAAAAGGAAGCAGAGUUAUCCUAUCAGUUUAAUCAAGUAAAUAUCAAUAAUUUUAAUUCACCAGCCUGUGAGGAUAGCUCGAACAGCAAUAACUUACAUAUAGAUUACGAGAGUGACGCAAAUAGUAAAAUUAAUAUUGAGACAAAAAUUGAACCUGAUCAAAAUUCUGAAGAUGCCAGGAAAUCUAAGAAACCCGAAGAAAAGAAAAGUAGUCACAAAAGCUCUCAUCGCUCUAGAGAUUCGCAUAAACAUUCUAGCAGUAAAGAUAAAAAAUCUGAUUCUAAACCGUCAAGUAGUAGAGACAGUAGUCGGCACGAUAAGAAAUCAUCCAGUAAAGAUGAUAAACAUAAAUCAACUGAUAAAGAAAGGUCCAGAGACAGAAGUGAAAAGAAAGAUAGUAAAGAUUCUUCAAGGCAUAGAAGUUCUCACAAAUCGAGUCAUAAAGAUUCCAAAUCGCACAGAAGCUCCAGUUCUAGUCACAGGUCACACUCAAGUAAACAUUCUGAUGAGAAGAAAUCUUCGUCAUCCAGCCACAAAGAAAAAGACAAGAGACAAGAGAGUUCAGAAAAGUCUUCCUCUAAAGAAGUUUCUAAAGAUAAAUCUAAAGAUUCAAAAUCCAGCUCGUAUCGUUCAGAUAAAGAAAGAAAGGGUAGUAGUAGCAGUGGGAAGAGUAAAUCGAGUGAUAAAGACAAAGAGAAAAAGACUAAAAAAGAAGCAGAUGAUCAUUACAGUUUAUCAGGGAGGGGAAAUCCCAACAGGCGGUCGACUGAUCGAGACUCUAAUGAUGGCAGCUCUUCAUCCAAAGGUUCGCAUCGCCCGGCAAGUUCAAAAUCGUCGGAAAGUAAAAAGGAUUCAAAAGAAAGCACUUCAAAAUCUGAUAAUACAUCAGGCAGUGGAUCAACGAGCCCAAGCGAUAAAGAGAACGUCGUACAAGAUGCUGGAACAAAAGCAACUACUUUACAAAAUAAACCUGUGAUCAGAGUUGAAACUCAUUUAGAAACUCCCGUAACGUCACCGCCACGUUUACCUUUUGUACCUGAUAUAACAUUAAAGAAGCCGAAAAUAGCCGCAAAUUUUGAAGAGGCUAAGAAAAUAAUGAAGAUGCGGAAAUUUCUAGAAGAAGAGCAAAGGAGAAUGAAUCAAGAAGCGGCGUUGCUUUUAGAAUUUCAAGCAAACGUCAGGCCGAGUUUAAGCCAAGUGUACUCAAGUAUACCCGGACCGGAACUGGAGUUUGCGUGCGAUUCAAAUACUUCGAGAUCGCAGUAUAUUAUAAAAAGUAACGAAAAUGCAACAGAGACAUCACUUGAUAAGCAGGAUAAACCUACUUAUACAAAUGCGGAAUUAUUUGACGAGUUAAAUGAAGGAAACCAAAAUGAUGAUAAUAAUAAGUCAAAUGAAGUAAAAUGUAACGAAGAUGAUGUUAAAACGUUAACAGAGUCUGUAAAAUGUGAAACUGAAAAUAAACAUAUUAUAUUGGAAACAAAAGUUGAUAAUACAAAUACUACUGAAUGUGUAAACAUUCAAGAAAAUAGCCAACAAUUUGCAGUACCUGACGUACCUGUGAAGAAAAUUAAAGAAGAUACAGAAAACGAAACAUUGGAAAUUUUAGAAACUAGCGAGAAAUUAUCUCGUACGGAAAAACAAAGUGUGAGUAAAAAACAAAAUGCAGAAAAAUCCAAAGUAAAAGAUAAUACGAAUACAAAGCCGAAUCUAUCUUACUUUGCAGAACAUGAAAAAUCUGAAUCUGAAAUAGAGAAAUCAAAAUUCAGUUCAUUUCUUAAAUCAUACUUGGAGAAAGCUGCAGCAAAUAAUAAAAUAUAUUUAAUAAACUGUGAUACAUAUGAAGAAAACGUGAUUCGCGAGGCUUCGAGAACGUUCGGCGAUUUUGAAAUAAUAAAUUACCAGAGGAAUGGACAUCUAAAAUUACCAAAAACAAAAUCAAUAGUAAAAGACGUUAACAUUUCUGCUGAAGUGUCACUUCCUCUUGAUAUAGAAUACGAACGUUCAAAUGAUACAGAUAGCAUAAGAUCACAAGUAUUUAGUCCAGGAAAAUCGGAUUGUUCGUUCGAAUUGAGUGACUACGACUCUAAAUUGGAACAAAUGGUCCAUACGACGUCUAGAAAAGAAAUAAUGGAGAUCAUACUAGGCGAUAUUGUUGACGAUUCGUCAACAAAAAUGCCGAAAAUCGAUUACAUCACGGAAUCUAACAUUGAUAGUGCAAUGGAUUGUAAUUUGAAGAGAAAAAUUGAUGAAGUUGAGACAACAGAGAAUAAUAACAGGAGGGUCUUAACGCCGAAUAAAAUAAGGAAAUUGAGCACGUCAGAUCUUAUCACAUCUACUACAGAGGAUGCGGAAGAAACAGAACACAGCAGUAAAUUAAAUACGCGAUCAAAAUAUUUGGGGAGGGCGAAAAGGGUUGGCUUGCCCCGACCAAAAAGACCAGAAUUACCCAAUAGUCCGUCAAGUGACAAAUCAGUGGAAAAUUACGAGCAAAACUCACAAAUUACACCAAAAACACCGAACGGUAAAGUGAAAACACCAAGAAACAUAGUGCAGAGGUAUGAAACGUCAGAUUUGUACAAACCCAAGUUACAUUAUCUGUCGAGACGCAACGUCAGUUAGAUUUAUUAUCUGUUCUGUUUUGGCGGUAAAAACACGGGUGUGGUGUAUAUGUGAAAAUUUUUAUUGAGUAAAAUAUGCAAACAAAAUUAAGGUUUUAUUGUAUUGAUAAAAUUUAUUUAUCCAUCGAACAUGAUAUAGAUUGUUUUGAUGUAAGCUAGAUUUAAAAAAUACAUUUUGUAUUUUCUAUGUUGAUUGUCGAUAUUUUGAAAUGGUGAAACUUUUGUCUCUGUAAGAUAUUAUGUGUAAGAUAAUGUUAUUUAGUGUUUGUUAAAUUUAAAUUUUAAAUUAAAGAAGAUAUAGUAAUUUUAAUUAAUUUUUAUUUGACAAUAUAGUAAAUUGCAGUGUUCAUCUAAUUUGUCUAUGGUUAGAAUUCUUUUUUUUAUUUCGCAUAAUACCUAUAUAUUUUGUAAAAUUGUAAAAAUACCUCAUAUAAAACACCAAAAUUUUAACGUAUACAAAGUAAAUUGUAAUAAAAAAAAUGUUAGUGACAUUUAAAAAUUAGGCAGGUAGUGUUAAAUAAUUAGGGGCCAUCCAUAAAUUACGUAACGCGAAUUUUAGAAAUUUUCAACCCCUCCCCACAGGUUGUCACAUUUUUAGUACUCCUCCCCCCCAUUAACGUGUGACGUAAUUUAUAGAUGGCCCCUUAUAUUUUAUUUUGUUUCAAAUAAAAGAUCGGUCUUAUAUUAUUAUGAUUGAAAAUGUAUAAAACAAUAGAAAUAGAAACAACAUCAAAUAUAUUAUCGAUAUAAUUGUAAUUCAAAGUUUUUUCCUUGUUCUAUUGACGAUAUUUUUUUAUUUAUUUUUAUGAAUAAAAAUCAAUCAAUUUGUAUUGGUAGUUGGUACCUAGCAAUUAAUUAUAAAUGUAAAAUUAUUUAAACACUGCCACUUAGUUCAUAGUA